UAUUGACAUUAACAAACUGUGCAUGGCUCCUAUUAUUGACACACUCUUGAUGUCACGAAAUUGUCAAAGCGAGCGUAGCGAGCACUGCAAUUUGUUCUAAAGCCCAGAGAAAAUCAUUCUUUUGUUUCGUGGUGGUGUGUCAGGUCAUAUCCAAUCAGCCAAUCAACGCGCGAGAAUUUAAAACGCUGUUUCCUGUGUUGUGACGAAUUGCGUAACAUCUCGUCACAUGACUAGACACUUGUGCCUUGUGCAUUCAUCGCAGUAGGAUUUUGCGAUCUGGAAGUAUUAGCAAAGUUUAAGGAAUUCCCGUCUAAACUAUAUCCGUUAUUGUUUGUGUUUACCAUGGAGAAUCUAGUGAUCAAGAUCGUGGUUAUAUUUUGUUUGUUCUUCCUCACUCUUCUCGCAGCACUGCUUCCAUUCAAGGUCGGUCACGCAGGACAUGGAGGACGAAGACAACUUAUCUUGUCGUAUUGCAACUGCUUCGCAGGCGGAGUUUUCCUUGCAACAAGUUUGCUAGAUCUACUGCCAACUAUAGAGGAGGAAUUUAAGGCAGUUUUUAACGACUCUGGAAUUGUGACAGUAUUCCCAGUGGCUGAAUUCACAACGUGUAUGGGUUUUUUUAUGGUUUUGCUACUCGAACAAAUCGUUCAUACUUUUCACGAGCGGUCGUUUUUGCAUAGCCAUAAUCAUGACGUCAAAGCACCGCUACUAAAGGGACAGAAAGAAGAAAGACGCAGCUACAUGCACAGCGAAAGUAACGAUACAUUCUCUACGCGACAAACAUCAUGCGAUUCACAAAACGAUAUUUUUCUCAAGAAAGAGCAACAGGUCGAAGGAUCCAUUCGUACGUAUAUUCUUGUUCUGGCUCUAUCGAUGCAUUCCAUAUUUGAAGGGCUGGCAUUAGGUCUGACAGUGGAAGUAGAUCGUCUUAUUCAGAUUACUGUGGCAAUAUUGAUUCACAAAUCUAUAAUUGCAUUUGCAAUGGGAGUCAGCAUGGUACAACAUAAAAUGGCAUUUGGUACAGUCCUCAAAGCUGCUGGUAUAUUCUCUAUGAUGGCACCGAUCGGAAUCGGUGUUGGAAUUGGUGUACUGGAUUCGUCGUCUCUCAAAUCAAGUAAUCUGGCAUCUGGGAUUCUUCAAGGUAUUGCCAAUGGAACAUUUAUAUAUGUAACUUUUUUUGAAAUCUUACAAAGUGAACUGGCUCGCAAAGGCAAUCGUCUGCUGAAGGUGUUUUUUAUGAUUAUUGGGUAUUCUGUUGUUACUGGGUUACUCUACUAUGCGAAUCUUAUGGAGAGUAAAUCACACCCUGUCAGUGCAAAGAAUUYCACAUCUGCAUAGAAUGCAAACAAUAUAUCCGUGCAACAUUAAAUUAAAGUAGUGAAACUUAGUAUAAUUAGUGAAAAAUAGUCGAAGCCUGAAUAUACUAAUUUAGUGUGCACGUGCAAUUAGUCGAGCAAUGCCUUACAGCGCUUACGCUUUCAAGUUCCAGUGACCACACUAUAGAUUAACAGAUUAAUCAUAGUUUGUGCUGUUUGUGCUAAUUUAGCAAAGUUUAGUAAAAAUAAGUGAGGUGAAUAGCCAGUUCGGUAAUUUCUAGGACUCAAGAGCCAGAGGUUCGCGGCUUAAAACCAAGYUCUACCGCAAAAUUAGCACAGAGAACCCAAUUACGGAAAUGUAGUGAAUGCAGUGACGAAAUCGUCAAAAGCAAUGUAUUCUCACGUUUACAGGAAAGUGAGUGAGUGAGUGAAACAUUUACCGCAUAAUUUGUCUACGCCCAAUAACUCUAAGAUCGCUUACGUGAUCUUCAACAAAUUAUAGAAAUUUUUCAAAGCAAACCCGGGAAACAAUGCAUAUAGAUAUACUGCUAGAUACCAUUAUUUGUUUGCCUGCAAGUUUACUAAGUUUGCAGACAAACUGACAAAUGCACGUCGGUGUUUUUACAGACUUUCGACCACGCCAAAAGAAAUAAAGGAAAUUUCAAAAAUUGAACAAAAGAUUUAAAAAUUAAGUGAGUGUAGAGCCAGGGGGCUAAAAGGCACUUAAUGAAAAUCUAGCGUUUUUACAAAAAGUUCGGCUAAAAGGACCUGCAAAAGACCACUGACGGUGGAAACUGCGAACUUGACAGACCUUACAAACUUAUAAUGUCGUAUUGUCGCUUAAAGCACUGUUGAUAACUAUUGAUAUAGCCUUUAUUGAUAAUAUUUUCCAUGUAUCAAGUAGUUGGAUAUUGCAAAGUCUUUCUGUUUUAAGUUGAAAUACUAAUUCCUUUGUUCUGUGCCUUU